AUGCCAGGUUCAGACCCCAAGGUGGCUGUUCAUCAUCUUGUUGUCAAACGAGGUGCUCGUCCUGUAAAGCAAGCACAAUGUCGCUUCAGACCUGAACUGGUUCCCUUGAUUGAAAUCGAAGUUAACAAGCUUAUUGAGGCUGGUUUUGUUCGUGAAGUUAAAUAUCCUACAUGGAUUUCAAGAAUCAUCCCUGAUGAAUUUCCUCUUCCUAUCCCAGAGCUCAUGAUUGAUGCAACAACUGGAUACGAGGCGAUGUCUUUCAUGGAUGGUUCAUCUGGAUAUAAUCAAAUUCGCAUGGCACCGAAGGACGAAGAACUUACUGCCUUUCGCGCCCCUAAAGGUAUAUACUGCUACAAGGUAAUGCCUUUUGGUUUGAAGAAUGCUGGUGCUACAUAUCAACGUCCCAUGCAAAAUAUUUUUGAUGGCAUGCUUCAUAAAAAUGUGGAGUGUUAUGUUGACGACUUGGUGGUAAAGUCAAGGAAGAAAGAUGGUCACUUGCAAGAUUUGAGGAUGGUAUUUGAACGACUUCGGAGAUACCAACUCAGAAUGAAUCCGUUGAAGUGCGCUUUUGGAGUUACUUCUGGGAAGUUCCUCGGUUUUAUUAUUCGACAUCGAGGUAUCGAAAUUGAUCAAGCUAAGGUGGAUGCUAUCUUGAAAAUGCCCGAGCCUAAAGAUAUUCAUGAAUUGAAAAGUUUGCAGGCACAGGAAAGGUCAGUAGGAGCGCUUCUCGCUCAAGGAAAUGAUGAAGGCAAAGAAAGUGCGCUUUAUUACUUGAGUAGGAUGAUGACGUCGAAUGAGCUCAAGUAUUCUCCUAUUGAGAAGUUAUGUUUGGCACUUGUCUUCUCUAUUCAAAAGCUAAAGCAUUACUUCCAAGCUCACGUUGUGCGACUCGUCUCAAGAGCGAACCCUAUCAAGUUCGUCAUGUCUAAACCAGUCCUAAGUGAUCGAUUAGCAAGGUGGUACCUCCAAUUUCAACAAUUUGAAAUUGUGUGUGUUCCUCAAAAGGCAGUAAAAGGACAAGCAUUAGCAGACUUCCUAGCUGACCAUCCGAUUCUAGAUGAUUGGGAGUUGUCUGAUGAAUUGCCUGAUGAAGAUGCAAUGGUCAUAGAAAUUCAGCCUCCUUGGAAGAUGUAUUUUGAUGGCGCUGCACAUCGUGAAGGAGCUGGCGCUGGAAUAGUAUUUAUCACUUCUCAAGGAGAAGAUUUUCCCUAUUCUUUCACUCUGAAAUAA